CCUUUAGCGUAGAAAUUUUUGCCGCAGCGGGAGACAGGAUGAGCUACCCUAUGCAGCGUAAGAGUGAACGCUAUAUCUGGCAUAACUCUAUCUCGCUCUCCUCUCCUCGGCGCAAACUACCGCACGCGCACGCGCCUUCCGUCCGAGCGCCGGCGUUUUGCUCCCUCGCCCGCGGCUGGUCGGCGGCACGCGAGGCAGGGACGUGCUCCGAGCGCACGAGGCAGGGACGUGCUCCGUCGCCCGGGCAACGAGCAGGCGCAGGCGAGGCAGGCAUAGGCUCGGGCGACGCAUCUAGGCGAGACUGAAGCGGGGGAGCCGGGAAGCACGCCGGACGAGGCGGAGGCGGGCGCAGCGAGCCUGGAUCCGGAGGCGGAGGCGGGCGCGGCGAGUGGAUCCGGAGGCGGAGGCGGGCGCGGCGAGCCUGGAUCCGGAGGCGCGGCAAGCCUGGAUCCGGAGGCGGAGGCGGUACCGGACCCCGACGCGGCAACCUGGAGCAAGCAAAGUCGUCCCCCAGAUCCGGAGGCUUGGAGGUUGGGGGAGGAGAGGAAGAAGUCGGAUCUGCUCAGGGAAGCGCAAAGGGGAACCGCAAGCGACGACGUUCGAAGGAGGUAGAGGCAUCAUCGGAGGAGAGUUCCACCGCGCGGUCUGCUCGUCCAUUUCGUCGAUUUAGGUAAUUUAUGAAUCCAGUAGAUCUUGUUUUGAAUGAGAUUCAUUGUUUGUGAACUUGUUUUGAAUGAGAUUCAAAUAUAUAUGUAUGUGUGUGAACUCUGAAAUACUUAUUUAUAGGCUAACAAUGUGUCUAACGAUUUCUUGAUAUAUACACCUGUCCAGAGGCGGAUCUACAGUGUGGGCAAUGUGGGCCAUGGCCCCACAUCAAUUUUUGUAAUAUUCAUAAUACCAUAUAGGAUUAGAUUAGAGGGAGCAGGAGUCUCAGGUCCAUUUCGUUCCAGCGUCCAUCCGGUCACGGCCCAUGCCCCAUUGGCCCAUUCGUUGUUCACCCAGGAGGCCAGAAUCUCAGCUCUUUCGUCACGUCUUGUGUUGGCCGCCUGCCGCCGCCGGCCGCCUGCAUCCCACCGCGGCAUCGCCGAUCGCGUCAUCGCGACAUCGCCCCACACCACAGGACACCACAUAGUACUUUCAUAUUUUAUUUGCAUAUUGUAGUUUCAUAUUUUAUUUUCAUGUUGUGUUGCCUAGCUAACUAAUUAUUUUUGUAAGAUAGAUAUGUGAAUAAUCAAGGCCAUGUGAUGGAACGGUUUCUUGCCCUCAAGCAUGUCAAGGAUACUACAUCAGAUGCCUUGAAGGAAGCUAUUUUUGGCCUUCUUGAUCACCAUGGAUUAUCUAUAUCCAAGAUAAGGGGGCAAGGAUAUGAUGGAGCAUCGAAUAUGCGAGCAAGUGUUGAGAGAAUAUUUUCGGCAAUGAACAUCAUUAAGAGAGAAUUGCGUAACAAAAUUGAAGAUGAUUGGAUGAAUGAUUUGAUGGUUUGCUAUACGGAGAAAGAGAUAUUCAAAUCCCUUGAUGAUGAGAUUAUUACUAGAAGAUUCCAGCGUCUUAAAACUAGAAGAAUGCAAUUGCCUCGAGUCACAACUACAAGAUUGACAACUUAGUGAUUGGAUUUUUGUUGGUGAUUUUGGUGUCGCACUGCAAAUUAAGAGAGAAAUUUCGGAUGGAUGGCACACACAACAGCAGGGGUGAUAGCUCACAGCCGCAAGGUCAAGCUGGUUGGAACCCAUACCAGCCCCCUCCUCCACCUGCCUGGAACCCAUACAUGUUUCCAAUGCAACCUCAGCCUGGUGGCUGGUAUCCACAGCCAAUCCAUCACCCCCACAUAAUGUUAGCAUCUUUCCUCCUCCUUCUGGACCUAACAUAGUAUCAGUUGACCACACUCAAGCGAAUGUGGUUCUGGGGGCUGAUGAGGUAGAUGUACUUCAUCCAGAGGAUUCAGUACCUUCAAUCCUGAAACGAGGAAGGACUAAGUUAGGGAACUUCAGCCCACAAGAAGAUGUAAACCUGGUGAAAGCAUGGUUGGAAGUUAGCUGUGAUCCUGUCAUAGGUAACGGCCAAAAAGGAGACAUGUUCUGGAAGAGGGUGGUGGAACGAUAUAAUUUUCGGAGGGGGGCAAACUCAGAAAGAAGCCUCAGGUCUCUGCAGAGCCGCUGGACCAAUAAUAUCAAGCCUGAGGUUGGAAAAUUUGCAGGCUACUAUGCAGAAGCCCUGCGACAAAAUCCCAGUGGAAUGUCAGAUGCUGACAAAACAUCACUUGCAGCUACCAACUUUGCGGAGGUUGAAGGGCAUGCGUUUGGAUUCAUGCACUGUUGGGGCCGUAUGAAGGACGAGCCCAAAUGGGGUAACCCAACACAACUUGGGACUGAAGCUCAUCUAGAAGGCGACGGCUUGGAAGAGGACUCCAACAGGGUGCACGGUGAUGCAGACAAGUCAGCUGGAAAAAGGCCGGUUGGUAGGGACAGAGCUAAAGCAGCGAACAAGAAAUCUAAAUCGGUGUCAGGUGAUACAUCUUCUUCAGAGUACGCUAGUAGGAUGCAGGACCUGUCCAUUCAAAAAAUAAAUAUCAUGCAAGAAGAAAGCGUGCGCAAAGGCGAGCGAUUCCAGCAGCUUGCUACAAUUGAUGAGAAAAGGUACCAGGAAAUGUGUAGUCACAACCAAUCGGUAUUAGAUAUUGAGCAAGAGAAAGUUAGAAUCAUGCGUGAGAAGCAUGACAGGGAGGAGAAGAAGGAGGAUGAGAGGAUUCUGAGUAUUAAUUUGGACUCCUGCACACCUUCCCUGAGAAUGUAUUAUGAAGCUUUGCAGGAGGACAUAAUGGCGAAGCUUGCUGCUAGACGCCAAGGGAGGCAUGCCCCAUAAGGCUCUCAUGUGUUGCUGUUAGAAUAAUUUUCCCAUAUGCUAUUAUGUAGUAAUUGUUAGAACAAUUGCAUUAUUCAAUCCUGUUGUACUGGUGAGGACAAUUUUCCACAAUUCAGUCAUGUUGUAACUGUGUGUAUUAAUUUGUGAGGACAAUUUCCAUUUUUUAUGAUUGCAGAAUAAUAUGCUCACAUUAUUAU